AAAACAAAAAAAGCAAAAGGUAAAAGAGAGAAGAGAGAGAGAGAGAGAGAGAGAGAGAACAAAAUCGAAAAAGGAGAGAUCAGAGAGAGAGAGAGUGUGGAGAGAAAUUCUUCGUCGUUGAGACCAAAAAGUAUGUAGCUUUGUUUGUUUGAAGAGAUGAUGAUGAUGAUUACGAUGAUGAUGAUGAUGAUGAUGAUGGAGAAGUGAAAGGCAGUGCGUUAAUCUGGCUAAUGAAGAUUGUUGUUGUUGAUGAGAAUCUCUGAUUUUCAGAUUUUCAUGGUGAUCUCAAUUUCAUUUUCAGAUCGAUUGUUCCUGCAUUGAUUCGUCUCUUUCAUUCCUUAAUUUUUCGGGUACGGAGGAUAGAAAGUAAGUUUAGUGUAAUUACCAAAUUGCCAAUGAACGGCGGCGGGGAUGGGGCAUCGGCUUCGGCUGCAGCGGCGCCGCUGGAUUGGAAGUUCUCUCAGGUGUUUGGGGAGCGUACGGCCGGCGAAGAAGUUCAGGAAGUUGAUAUAAUAUCUGCCAUUGAAUUUGAUAGAACUGGCGACCACCUGGCCACUGGAGACCGCGGAGGCCGUGUUGUCUUGUUUGAAAGAACAGAUGUUAGGGAACAUGCUGCUGAUCGGAGAGAUAUAGAGAGGACUGAUUAUUCAAUCGGUAAACAUCCCGAGUUCCGUUAUAAAACUGAGUUCCAAAGUCAUGAACCAGAGUUUGACUAUCUCAAGAGUUUGGAAAUUGAGGAGAAGAUUAACAAGAUUAGAUGGUGCCAGGCAGCUAAUGGUGCUUUGUUUCUUCUUUCAACAAAUGACAAAACCAUAAAAUACUGGAAGGUUCAGGAGAAGAAGGUUAAGAAAGUAUGUGAAAUGAAUUUGGAUCCUUCUAAGGCAAUGGGAAAUGGUCCUGUUGCUGGCUCUGUUUCAACAGGCUCUAAAAAUUGUCUUGCCAAUGGAGGAUGUAAAGAGAGAACCACCAAUUAUCCAAGCAAUGAUAUAUUAUUUCCAUCUGGGGGUUUUCCAUCCCUAAAAUUGCCCACGGUAGUGACUCAUGAGACAAGUCUUAUGGCUAGAUGUCGAAGAGUCUAUGCUCAUGCUCAUGACUAUCAUAUCAAUUCAAUUUCAAAUAACAGUGAUGGUGAAACUUUUAUCUCAGCUGAUGACCUCCGAAUUAAUCUUUGGAACUUAGAAAUUAGCAGUCAAAGUUUUAAUAUAGUUGACGUGAAGCCUGCAAACAUGGAGGAUCUAACUGAGGUGAUAACGUCAGCAGAAUUUCACCCUACUCAUUGCAAUAUGUUAGCAUAUAGUAGCUCAAAAGGCUCAGUCCGCCUCAUUGAUAUGAGGCAGUCGGCUUUAUGCGACACUCACAGUAAACUAUUCGAGGAACAGGAAACCCCUGGUUCUAGGUCUUUUUUCACUGAGAUUAUAGCUUCCAUCUCGGAUAUUAAGUUUGCUAAGGAUGGAAGGCAUAUUCUCAGUCGUGACUACAUGACUCUAAAGCUUUGGGACAUAAAUAUGGAUUCUGGCCCAGUUGCAACUUUCCAGGUUCAUGAAUACUUAAGGCCCAGGCUGUGUGACUUAUACGAAAAUGAUUCUAUCUUUGAUAAAUUCGAGUGUUGUCUAAGUGGAGAUGGACGUCGAGUGGCAACAGGUUCCUACAGCAAUCUUUUCCGUGUUUUUGGUUGUUCCGAAGGUAGCACAGAAUCUACAACAUUGGAAGCCAGCAAAAACCCCACAAGGAGACAAGUUCAAAAUCCAACAAGGCCUGCAAGAUCACUGGGCAGCCUUCCCCGUGUUCUGCGGCGAGGUGCGGAUACCUCUGGAACCGAUACGAACGGAAAUGGUUUUGAUUUCACAACAAAGUUGCUCCAUCUUGCUUGGCAUCCAACCGAAAACUCACUUGCCUGUGCCGCUUCAAAUAGCCUUUACAUGUAUUAUGCAUAGAUAUGGUCUCCGGAAAGCUGUACUUUUUGUUGGAAGAGAGCUUUUGGAAAAGGCUGGCUGGCUGGUUACUUACUUACCGUCUUCCUUCUCUUAUCAAUGCCGUGGAAGCUGCCAAAUUACCAGAACCCCACUAUCCACUAAGACUAACUUUCCUAGGUCAGGAUACCAUUUUCGCCUGUGUAAAAUUUUUGAGGAAGAAACCGAAGCCUAUUUCUCCUUCUCCUCCGACUCAACAGAAUGUGUGAUCGUUGCUCUAAAUCCGCCAUUUCAAGAAGGCUGCUGCUGUUCACAAGUGUUGCUAGAGUUAAAGAUGGAUGGAGGAGGAGGAGGGGCUGGCUGGCAGAAGUAGUUGCUCUCUGGUGCUUCAAUUCUCAUUGAUACUUCUUAGGCCAUCUUCAACUUUGUAUUAUUUGGAUUUAGUAUAAGGGUUGUGAAAUUUUUAUCAUGAUUUUUGUUCUUCCUUGUUAUUUCCACCAUCGAUCGGUCUGAGUUCUGAGUUCUAAGUUCUAACCAUUCUUUCCACUCUUUCAGAAUUUGCUGAUUUGUUAUGAUCUUCUCAUUGCCAUCUUUUAACCCUUCUGGGAUUGAAGUAGAAGUGGGGCUCUCAUGCAAAUCAUUCUUUCAACAGUCAAUUCUCUUGGAAACCAAGAUUUGUGGGGUUUUUUUUUCUUUUGGUCUUCCUAUUAUUAAUUAAUUAGCUCUGUUCUUUGGGGGUUUAAGUGUUUAGUUACUAUUUGUUAAAUGCAGCCUGCCCAUCUCCAUAAGUUGAAGAAACAUUAUAUGCUGAAGCCUAGUGUACUUUUGUUGAAUAAAAUGAUUAUUAUUAUUAUUAUU